UAUUUCUUUAUGUUUUCUAGUGGUGCUGCACAGGACCGGAGGUGAGAAGAUGAGAAAAUGAAAGCAGAUGGACUCCUGACGGCAGAUGGAAUGGUAUAUUUUCUUGGCUGGUCUCAGGACUGAUCGGAGAGGAGUAAUUAUGAGGCUGACAUGCAUGUUCUCCUUCAUUUUGCUGUUUGGACUUGCCGGCCUCGUGGUUUUCAUCCACCUACAAGAUCCCGUGGAAAUGGUUCACCAGCAGGGAUUGGCUCCAGGGAUGAAAUUUGGAUUUUCAUUACAUAAACCAAAAAAGGGCUGCACGCCUAACAAUCAGUAUGGAACUUCAAUAGAAGCUGCUGCCAAACAGCUCCUGAACAUAAACCAAGAUGUACCGACGUAUCCUCCUUAUCAGUACUCAGCUAGUUUACACACCCCUAACCGGAGGCAGAAGACGGCAAUAUUUCUCAGGCGAGACAAUACAAAAUACAAUGAGAGAAAACUCUUGAAGAAACGCAAGCAUUUCCUGUUGAAAGAAACUCCAAUUUUAAUGCCCAUCAACAGUUCUGCAGUGGAUCUUAUGAGAUUGGAAGAGGACGACAGGAACAGCAACUGGAAAAAGCUCUACGAGGUCCAACGGCAGCGGAAAAAGCUGAUGCAAGACAUCUGCCUGAAGUAUAAGAGUGGCAGCCGAAGGAUUAUCACCCCUUACCAUGUCUCCAGAAUCUUUGUGGAGGACAAGUACAAGAUUCUCUAUUGUGAGGUUCCAAAAGCCGGUUGCUCCAACUGGAAGCGAGUUUUAAUGGUUCUUAAUGGACUGGCCUCUUCAACCAAGGAUAUCCAACACAACACCGUCCACUACGGAAACUACCUUAAGAGACUGGACAGUUUUGACCGCAAAGGGAUAUUCAACCGCCUCAAUACCUACAAGAAGAUGAUCUUCGUGCGAGAGCCUUUCGAGAGGUUGGUGUCUGCUUUUCGGGACAAGUUUGAGCAUGCCAAUAACUAUUACCAUCCCGUCUUUGGCAAAGCCAUCAUUUCAAAGUAUAGGCGAAAUGCCACCAGAGAAGCUUUAAGGACAGGCUCUGGAGUACAAUUUAAAGAGUUUAUUCAAUACUUGUUGGAUGUCCAUAGGCCCGUUGGGAUGGACAUUCACUGGGACCACGUGAGCAGACUUUGCAGUCCGUGCUUGAUAGAUUAUGACUUCAUUGGGAAAUUUGAGAGCAUGGAAGAAGACGCUAAUUUUCUCCUGCACCUUAUAGGUGCUCCCCAAAAUUUGACAUUCCCCCGAUUUAAAGACCGGCAUUCAAAUGAGGAAAGGACCACUAGUAAAAUCACACAGCAAUAUUUUGCAAAAUUGAGUCCACUGGAAAGGCAAAGGACCUAUGACUUUUAUUACAUGGACUAUCAAAUGUUCAAUUACUCCAAGCCUUUCGAAGACUUGUACUAAUUAUGAAACAUGGAGAAUGUGUUUUCUAGAAAACGUUCGCUGAGGGGAAUGAGGCAGUGUUACAGAUCGAUAAUUUCAGCUCCUGAAACUCUGAAAAAUCUGAUCAGUUCGUAUUUUUACUUCUUAAACUUUAAGCAGCUAUUGCGGAUGGAUAUUUUAAUACCACUUUCCCGAUGAUCUUUCAGUAAACUCAUUUGGAUACCUUUUCUAUAAAAGUUAAAUUUAUUUAAGGGUAAAUCCACACUUGCUGAUUCUGCUAAAACUAUUUCUGCUCGGAAAGAAAUUAUUUAACUGAAGAUUUAUUGUAAAAAUUGUAUUUUUGUUGGGUGAAUAAAGUUGUUUUUAGAAAAAAAUUCAAAUAAAAAGGGCUAGAUUUUUAAUGGG